GAGAGUCAGGUGAGCAGGAAGCAACGAGAAGGGGUUGGUAGGAGGCAAUGUUUACAAGCUAGGAGUGGACCUGUUUCCUUUAAAAAUACAGCUGGCUGGCUGUGAAGAAAAGGUGAUUUAUCUAAAGCCUCCACGGUUCCCUUACAGUUGAUACUAAGGCAGUACAACAUUGAACGAUUCAUCAAGGUACAAAUCAGAUGACUAAUGGUGUGGGUGUUUAUCAUGAAUCGGAUGAGUUCUCAGAGCAGCUCCUCAGCUCAGCGCAGGCGCAUGGCCCUGGGAAUCGUCAUGCUUCUGCUCGUUGAUGUCAUUUGGGUUGCUUCAUCAGAGCUCACGUCGUACAUUUUCAAGCGUCAAGACUAUAAUAAACCCUUCUUCAGUACUUUUGCGAAGACUUCCAUGUUUGUCCUCUACUUGGUUGGAUUUCUUGUGUGGAAGCCCUGGAGGCAGCAGUGCACAAGAGGAUUUCGAGGGAGACAUGCUGCACUUUUUGCAGAUGCAGAGGGCUACUUUACAGCAUGCACUACAGAUAACAGUUUUAACAACUCCCUGAGUGAACCACUUUAUGUUCCUGUGAAGUUCCAGGAUGUUACCUCUGAAAAGGCUGGCGAUGCCAAUGGUGAAUGUGCAGAAUGUCCUAAAAAGCCUCGCGUUCGAUUCAGCAAUGUCAUGGAAGUACGUCAGCUUCCAUCCACCCAUGCACUGGAAGCUAAACUUUCUCGCAUGUCCUACCCAGCAGCAAAGGACCAUGAGUCAAUAUUAAAAACUGUUAGCAAACUACCAGUAACACAGGUGGCAAAAAUCAGCUUCUUCUUCUGUUUUGUGUGGUUUUUAGCUAAUUUCUUCUAUCAAGAGGCUCUGUCAGACACGCAGGUAGCCAUCGUGAACAUCUUGUCCUCAACUUCUGGGCUAUUCACUUUAAUCCUGGCAGCAGUGUUUCCCAGUAACAGUGGAGACAGGUUUACUCUGUCCAAGCUUUUAGCAGUGGCUUUAAGCAUCGGAGGAGUCGUUCUUGUAAGCUUGUCGGGCUCUGAUAAUACUGACGGGAAAGACAUUAUAGGGUCUCUCUGGUCAUUAGUGGGAGCAGUGUUAUAUGCUGUAUACAUAGUCAUGAUUAAAAGAAAAGUGGAUCGUGAGGACAAACUUGAUAUACCCAUGUUCUUUGGGUUUGUCGGCUUAUUCAACCUUUUGUUCCUAUGGCCAGGCUUUUUCUUGCUUCAUUACACUGGUUUUGAGGCCUUUGAGUUACCCAGUAAGCUUGUGUGGAUGUAUCUCAUCAUUAAUGGACUUAUUGGGACAGUACUAUCUGAAUUUCUUUGGCUGUGGGGUUGCUUUCUCACCUCUUCAUUGAUAGGUACACUUUCAUUGAGCCUUACAAUACCUCUGUCCAUAAUUGCUGAUAUGUGCAUGCAAAAGGUGCGGUUUUCUUGGCUGUUUUUUGCAGGUGCUGUCCCUGUUUUUCUUUCCUUCUUUAUUGUAACCAUUUUAUGCCACUACAAUAACUGGGAUCCAGUGAUGGUGGGUGUGAGAAGGGUUUUUGCUUUUAUCUGUCGGAAGCAUCGUGUACAAAGGACCUUAGAAGGAACUCAAGUUGGUUUGGGCAUCUGUAGUAGUUAUUUUAAUAAGUUAAAGAGGUGUCCUGUAUUACACAGAACUUCAGAAGACAGUGAGCAGUGUGAAAGCCUCAUUCCGAUGCAUGGUGUUUCUCAGGAUGAUGGGCCCAGCUGCUGUUCAUAGACUACAGAGCAGGAGCAGUGUUUGGCAAUGUGACAAUCCUGGAGAAGCCUGAAGGAAACUUUAUUUUUCAGUGCCUCUCUCACCUUUUUGUAUAUAUAUAUAUAUAUAUAUAUUAUAUAUAUAUAUAUAUAUAUAUAUAUAUAUAUAUAUAUAUAUAUAUAUAUAUAUGAUGUGCAAACAUUUGAUCCCAUCAAACUUAAAUUACUGUACCUUCGCAAGGACUGCCUUUAAUACUGGACUUCAUUAUUUUUUGUUUUGUUUGUUUAAUGGUACGUACCUACAAAUAUGUAGGAAACCAAAACCUUUGGAGUAGCCUACCUACGUUACCGAAUGUAAAGAAUGACAAUAUGGGGAGACCACUUGAAACACUCAGACUUUUCAGCACAGUAGAGCACAUAAGAGGUAACGGUUUACGCUUUUCAUUGUCACUAGAUGCUGGAUAAUAAUGUAAGACAUGUGAAUUGGUUCUACAUCCUCCCAAUAAGCUCUGAAAGGAAAAGUACCCUUUCUAUUGGAUGUGGUACAGAAUACCAACACCCUACACUGUACAUAGGAGAUCAAAUCCAAAUACAACAGAA